CGGAAGAAAAAGAGAGAACAGAGGGCGUCCAUUUCUCUCCGGUUUUCUCUCCCUCCUCGCGACGUCAUGUGCGUAUUCGCGUGAACGUGAAGGAUAACACGAGAGGAAGACGACGAUGGAGGUGACGAACUCAAACUUUCAGGACGUGCUGUGCGAACUGGAGAGCGUGUUGAAAAAUGCUACUUUUCUCAGCAUCGACGGUGAAUUCACUGGUCUCAACUCCGGCCCGGAUGCAGGCGCCUUUGACACGCCGGCUCAGUACUAUGCCAAGCUUCGAGCUGGUUCGAUGGAUUUUCUACUCGUGCAGUUUGGUCUGUCCGUCUUCACAUACAACUCGCAAACAAACAAAUAUUCUCAGCGUUCUUACAACUUCUAUGUGUUUCCCAAACCAUUGAAUCGCCAGGCACCAGACAGCAGGUUCAUGUGUCAGGCGUCAUCCAUAGCAUUUCUGGCAAAUCAGGACUUUGACUUCAACAAGCUGUUCAAGCAUGGCAUACCAUACCUCUGCGCGAGCAAUGAAGAAAAGCUUGUCAAGCGUCUGGAAGAGAAACAGAAACUCAAAGAAGAAAACAAUCAAGAAUCAAUUCCAAUAUCGGAUAAUGACAGGCCUCAAAUAGAAGAAAUAUGUUCUAGAAUAGAGAAUUUUCUUGCCUCAGAUGCAAAGGAAUUGACAAUAGAUAGAUGUAAUGGUUUUAUGAGAAGACUGGUAUAUCAGGAGGCAAGGAUCAGGUGGCCCAAUAAAGUGAGAAUUGAAACUAAAAUUGAAAAUACCUGGCAGUGUCUUUUGGUGCAGAAAACAGGUACCAAGGAGGAAGAAGAAGAGAAAGAUAAUGAAAAACGUCAGAAAGAAAAAUUGGAGAUUCAACAGGCUGUAGGACUCAGCAAUCUGUUAAAAAAGAUUGUAGAAUCUGAAAAGAUAAUAGUAGGACAUAACAUGCUGUUAGAUCUGUGUCACAUUGUACAUCAAUUUUUUGGACCUUUACCAAGUGACUAUUUAGAAUUCAAGACUUUACUUCAUGGUUUGUUUCCUAGUUUACUAGAUACAAAAGUUAUCUGUCAAUCACAGCAAUUUAAAGAGCUCGUAACGUCAUCGAAUUUGAAUUUCUUAUUAGAUAUUGUGAAUAAACCUCCUUUCUCGAUUCCCGAUGUUGAAUCUGUUGAAGGACGUAGUUAUUCAAUAUCAACGGAAAAAUCGCAUGAGGCGGGAUAUGAUGCAUACAUCACUGGAUUAUGCUUUAUCGCCUUGUCUAAUUAUCUUGGUACAUUACAAACGUCUGAAAAGACUACAGUUUUACCAAAUUCACCAUUGCUUAAUUCUUUCCUCAACAAACUUCCUAUAGCAAGACUGAAAGAUGUCCCAUAUAUAAACUUGGCAGGAAAAGAUCCAAUUCCUAGUAGAGAUCAUAUAUUUCAUCUAACAUUUCCCAAAGAAUGGAAACAUGCAGAUAUAAGUAAUCUCUUUAGUCCAUAUGGAGGCGGAUAUGUUUCGUGGUUAUCCGACACAUCUGCAUACGUAGGUUUAUAUCGUCGUGAUCAGGCUGGUGUUGUGAUGACGAACUUGUCCAAUGGGAAAUUGUACAAAAUACAGAAAUAUGCAAAUCAUCAAGCCACCUUGCAAGCCAAUGCUUCUUCUGGCGACCGCAAACGGAAGUUAUCGUCGCCGGAGAAAGUGGAGGAUGUGAAGGAUGACGAGACGUCGACGGCCAGGAACGGCGUGAAGGCACCGAAGGACAACGACGACUGGCAAGUUGCCACGGGUAAGAAGCGCAAGAAACGCAAGGAGCAAACUACUACCGUCGCGGCCGAGAAGAAAACUUUCGAGGAAAACGACACUUGGGAAUAACUGCGAUGUUCCGGAGCGACGACACACGUCACGUUGAGCGGUACGAAAUGAUAUGCAGCGAGAUGCAUAUGGAGAAUAAUACGUAACGCAGCGCUGAAUAAAAAAGAAAGAAAAGUGAUUUUUUUAUUUCACUGACCUCCAUUCCUAAUACUUAAUUAGACGAAAGUCAAUAUUGUGUGUAAUAUUGAGAUGUAUAUUCAUAAAUGUGUUCACACUCUUAAUAAAUCCUUUAUUUCUAAUAA